UUUCUUUCUUGGCUGAUGAUUUGUCAUUUUAGUCACUUCCUGCCUUGUGACCACACACUCAGGGUUGACAAAGUUCUUCUGCAAAUCAGAAAGAAGGGAGUUUCUGAUCACACGCCAGUACUACUGAGGACGGUUUUUCUAUAAGAUCGCCUACCUAAAGCAAUACAAAAUGGCCAGAGGCUCAGUGUCCGAUGAAGAAAUGAUGGAACUCAGAGAAGCUUUUGCCAAAAUUGAUACUGAUGGGAAUGGGUACAUCAGCUGCAAUGAAUUAAAUGACUUGUUCAAGGCUGCUUGCCUGCCUCUGCCUGGGUACAGAGUGAGAGAAAUUACAGAAAACCUGAUGGCUACAGGUGAUCUGGACCAGGAUGGGAAGAUCAGCUUUGAUGAGUUUAUCAAGGUUUUUCAUGGCCUAAAAAGCACUGAUGUUGCCAAGACCUUUAGAAAAGCAAUCAAUAAGAAGGAAGGGAUUUGUGCAAUUGGUGGUACUUCAGAGCAGUCUAGUGUUGACACCCAACACUCCUAUUCAGAGGAAGAGAAGUAUGCCUUUGUUAACUGGAUAAACAAAGCUCUAGAAAAUGACCCUGAUUGUCGGCAUGUCAUCCCGAUGAAUCCAAACACAAAUGAUCUCUUCAGUGCUGUCGGGGAUGGCAUCGUCCUUUGUAAAAUGAUCAACCUCUCAGUGCCUGACACAAUUGAUGAAAGAACAAUUAACAAAAAGAAACUCACUCCUUUCACCAUUCAGGAGAAUUUGAACCUGGCUCUGAACUCUGCCUCAGCCAUCGGGUGCCAUGUGGUGAACAUUGGGGCUGAGGACUUAAAGGAGGGGAAGCCUUACCUGGUCCUGGGACUUUUGUGGCAAAUCAUCAAGAUUGGGUUGUUUGCUGACAUCGAACUCAGCAGAAAUGAAGUUCUGGUUGCUCUUCUGAGAGAAGGAGAGAGUCUGGAGGACUUGAUGAAACUCUCCCCUGAGGAGCUCCUGCUGAGAUGGGCUAAUUACCACCUGGAAAACGCAGGCUGCGGCAAAAUCGGCAACUUCAGUACUGACAUCAAGGACUCAAAAGCUUAUUACCACCUGCUGGAACAGGUGGCCCCAAAAGGAGAUGAAGAAGGCAUUCCUGCAGUUGUGAUUGACAUGUCAGGACUAAGGGAGAAGGACGACAUCCAGAGGGCGGAAUGCAUGUUGCAGCAGGCAGACAGGCUGGGCUGCCGGCAGUUUGUCACAGCCACGGAUGUUGUCCGAGGGAACCCCAAGUUGAACUUGGCUUUCAUUGCCAACCUCUUCAACAGAUAUCCUGCCCUGCACAAACCAGAGAACCAGGAUAUAGACUGGGGAGCUCUUGAAGGUGAGACAAGAGAAGAGCGGACGUUUAGGAACUGGAUGAACUCCUUGGGCGUGAACCCUCGAGUUAAUCACUUGUACAGUGACUUAUCAGAUGCCCUGGUCAUCUUCCAGCUCUAUGAAAAGAUUAAAGUCCCUGUCGAUUGGAACAGAGUAAACAAACCACCAUACCCCAAACUGGGGGGCAAUAUGAAGAAGCUUGAGAAUUGUAACUAUGCAGUGGAACUGGGGAAGAAUCAAGCUAAGUUUUCCCUGGUUGGCAUUGGUGGACAAGAUCUCAAUGAAGGAAACCGCACGCUAACAUUGGCCUUGAUCUGGCAGUUAAUGAGAAGGUACACACUGAAUAUCCUGGAAGAAAUUGGAGGUGGGCAGAAGGUCAAUGAUGACAUUAUUGUCAGCUGGGUAAAUGAAACAUUGAAGAAUGCAGAGAAACGUUCAUCCAUCUCUAGUUUCAAGGACCCCAAGAUUAGUACAAGCUUGCCUGUUCUGGAUCUUAUUGAUGCCAUUCAACCAGGUUCCAUUAACUAUGACCUUCUGAAGACAGAAAACCUGAACAAUGAAGAGAAACUCAACAAUGCAAAGUAUGCUAUCUCUAUGGCCCGAAAAAUUGGAGCAAGAGUAUAUGCCCUUCCAGAAGACCUGGUUGAAGUGAACCCCAAAAUGGUCAUGACAGUGUUUGCCUGCCUCAUGGGGAAAGGAAUGAAGAGGGUGUAAGGCCCAGCAGGGUGGGGCUGGAGGCAGCACACCUGUCUGCUCAGCACAGAGGCUCCCCAGAAGCGCGGAGACAGUUCAAGCCACUGCAGCUUCAGCUUGGUGACAUUACACAAGAUCCAAAAAGUGUAUAUUUAGCCUCUUCUGUAUUUAACAAAAAGUGCUUCAUUCUUUGCAAAAGACCCAAUUUCUUACAAAUAUUUUUUUACUAUUGAAUUUAUUGCUUCUUUGACAGAUCUAGAAAGAAAAAAAAGAACUUAUUUUCCAAGUACCAUUUCUGCUUCCUGCAUUAGUCAAGUAUAGAAGCUGCAGUGUUAUUAAUUUUAACAUAAUCUUUCAAACCAGCUUAAUUUGGCUAUUUUCUUUAAAGUGAGGACCAGCAGAGGGAACUAUCAAACCCAUCCUAAAGCCUGUUUCUGGAGGCUGACAUUUGAUCUGUGACAAGCCUUUCUUUCUGUCUCCCUUCUCCCUGUGACUUUGCUCUCCACCCUCACAGAACUAUGCCUUCUUUGUGACCCACUUCUGAAGGCCAUUUGGAGCAUCUGACAGAUCAGUCAGGCCCAAGAAUCUCUAGUAACCUGCAGAAAUGACUCAUUAUCCAAGCUUUUCCUCAGAGCUCAGGUCCCAUUUGUUAUCAGGGUUUCUUUUUUUUUCAGCCAAUAGUAUUUGGGCUCAGACCAGAUCUAACUUUAAUACUAUGCCUUCAGGUAGAUUCCUAACUCUUGGUUAGAUCCAAAAUGGAUGUAAUUGAGCGUUAAACCACCAGAAGGCAGCAUAAAACCACAGCAAAGCAUCUGUCCUUUGGUACUUGCCUCUCCAUGUCCAGAGCCCUGCAUGUUGAACCUAGCUCUUGUGGUAUGGCUAAAUAUAUGGUGAGUGGGAACAAUCCUGCUCUGCUUUAAUUUGCUCUGAGAUCUUAGUGUAUUUGAUUGCUGCCAGGCCACCAUAUUAUCAAUGUUUACUUUUUUGGUACUGUAAAAGCUUUUUGCCACCCCCAAACUCCCAGGGGGGCAAUAUGUGCCAAUGAACAGGACCCCAGCUCACUUCUCCCACCCCAACACACACACACACACACACACACACACACACACACACACACAUAUUCACAUACAUACCUAGCCAUACCUAAUCAUGUAAAACUGGCUUAGUUGCUUUAUGAAGAUAAAAUUUCCUACAUAUUUAAAGAAUUCCAAAAUAAAGCCAGAGAAAUAGUGUGAAUUUAAGCAAACCUAAUAGGUUAUAUAAUUUCCAUGAAAGCCUACCGAAAGCUAAGAAGCAACAGAACAUUGUGAACCAGACCUUCUCUACAGUGCUGAAAGGACUCAUCAAUGAAGUAUCUUCUUUAGGGGUGGUAUGUAAUGGAACUUAGCUGGUUUUCAAAGCAUUGAAAUGUGUCACCCUGGAUAUGCUCCUCGGCUAUGGGCUCUGGAAGCCAAUGUGUGGCUUCUGUGGCAUCUGAAUACAAAUUGGUUGGCUUUGUCUUAAUCUGCACGUAAUGUAGCCUCAGACAAUUCUCUUCCAUCUGCCUUGAGGAAGAAUGUUACUGCCUUAAUUGAAAAUGAAGGUAAUGUUCACAAUCUCUCCAAAUAAAAUGUUCCUCAUAUUGAAUAUC